CUUCAACGCCCACAAUUUGACAUCAACGUAAUCCUAGGCCCACAAAACUGUGGGAUUAUGGGAGUUGAAGUCCAGCUUUGCGAAACCUGUUCAUACUUUUUUCCCCAGCAGAAUUGCUUGGACAGUAAGAGCAUCAUGAGCUUAAGAGCCUGUGGCUUGAUUAUCUUCAGAAGGUUACCCAAGGCAUGCGCUACGGCAGCUACGGAUGGACGCAUUGAGUACCUCCUCCUACAAACCUCCUACGGCACCCAUCACUGGACACCCCCAAAAGGGCACGUAGACCCCGGGGAAGAUGACCUGGGCACCGCCCUGCGAGAGACCCAGGAAGAGGCUGGCCUGGCCUCCUCCCAGUUCACCAUCCUGGAGGGCUUCAAGAAGGAACUGAACUACGUGGUCCGAGGCAAACCCAAAACUGUGGUCUACUGGUUGGCCGAGCUGAAGGACCGGGACACGGCGAUCCAGCUUUCUUCCGAGCAUCAGGCCUUCCGCUGGCUGACCCUCAGCGAGGCCUGCAGGCUGGCAGAAUACGAGGACAUGCAAGGCACCCUCCGAGAGGCCCAUCUCUUUCUCUCUUCCAAAGAAUAAAUUUCCUUUCGUGGGAUUCGGGAAUGCUUGGGCAGAGGUUGCACAGCUGUCCUUCCCUGUCUUAACAGCAGCGUUUCUCAACUUUUUGCCCCUCCAAGGUGGGUGGGACUUCCAACUCCCAGAGAUCCGAGCUUGGUUCUUUUUCUUGCAGACGUUUCGCGAUCCAAUUGGGUAACGCCAUCCGUGCUAGGGAGGUGGAGGUUUGCUCCCAGCUUAUGCAGGAUUAAGCGACCGUGUAUAAAUAGAGAGCAAACCCCGUUCCCUUGUAGCAUUGAUGAUGUUCCCUAGUUGGGU